AAUGUGGAGCGGAUCAAACGUAAUGUACGUGAUGUCUUAGUACUUAUCAAGGAAUCGGAUAUUUUUUCAAAACAACAGAUGGAAUCGGAAAACUCCGGUUCCGUACAUACUAAUGGUUCUGAAGCGGGACAAAGAGAGAAAAAUCGGACUACAGAUAAUGAAAAUUCACCGAAAAGACCAAGCGACUUCAAGACCAUAUGCAAUACGGAUCGACAACCGGCUUUAAUAGAGCUCUACAAAGAAAAACAGCACGAAGAGAAUUCAUGUGAUCAUAAACAGAGUACCCAGACAUUGGGAACUAAAGCUGUGUAUCAGAAAAAGAGCCCAGACUCAGCAAAGAAAAGAAAUAUUGGAGAGAGUUCGGAUGAUAAAGAGAAUUCUGGUGGGACAAAAAGUUGUCGAAGGAAGUUUGACUACACUCAGGUAGUGUACAAGAAAGGUGCAACACUGUUUUCAAUUUUAGAAUUAGACUGUGCAGACUCAUCAGAGCCAGAGCCUCCAAAGAUUGAACCACUGACGUUAAAUAAAAAAAUCAGCCAACUCGUGCCAUUCUCAAGGCAGAAGUCCACUUAUCACCAGUUUGAUCAGACUAUGUAUUACUCAUGUACCCCGGAACAACUGUCUCUUCACAAAUUAAGAUGCUCAAUCUACUCCAGUCUCGGCGCCAGCUGGAGCAUUGUCAACCCAGAUGAGUGUAAGCGUGUGUGUUUUCAAUGCUUUCAUAAACACAAGGUAGAAUCAAUGUUAGAACUGACCCCUGGAGACCACAUCACCAUCCACCGAUCUGUCGGAUACGAACACCAUGCCAUUGUUGUGGAGGUAUCGCCUGAUGAGGACGACCACACUUCCGGUUUUCUGAGAGUAAUUCACUACAGUGCAAAUGCAGGCGAAGUCGCCAAGGGGAUACUACCGUGUAUGAUCACUGUGGGACAGUACGGGAACUUAGCGUACUUACGGGAGGAAGACGUGAAAUUCGAUCUAAAGAAACAGGAUGUGUAUAUUAUUCAGUACAAAAAUAAACAUUUUACUCAUUCUAAAAUCAUCCGCCGAGCACGGGCGAAGAUUGAGAAUGAGGAAACCUUGUACAGCAUUUCAUCAGAUAACUGUGAGCACUUCGCUAACUGGUGUGCUACCGGGGAGUAUUACAGUCACCAGAUUGGCUUACUGAAGGCAACACUCCAAAUGCUGCUGGUCUCAGACAAUGAAGCAUAUAAUAGAAUGUUAAGUAAUCUCGCAGAGAAUGGUAUAAUGUGUGAUGAGUGCUUCCAAGAAGCUAAAAGGGCACAGGAAGAAAGAAGACUAAAUCAGGAAAAAGCAGAGGAGAAUUCCCUAACACAUAUGCUUCCUUGAUUGAUUUACUGUCAAAAAGGUACUCACACCAGAGUAUAAAACAUUGAAAGCAUGGAAACAUGUACAACUGACUAGUUCAUAAAUGCCAGUCAAUUAAAUAUUAGCUGCAGAGCUGUAUCUCUAUGGUU